UAAACUGCUUUGGGAAGUCAGUCUGCGCCGUGUGGUCACUGCUGUGGUUACUUUAAUUUAGAGGCUGUUUUCUAUGAGGAUUUUACAGCAUUUUCACGUUCAGUCUUCGCGUCGCUUUACGGACCGUUUUUUUAUUUUUUCACAGUCGGUAACGGUCGGUAUCAUCAGUUGGUUGGUGUUGACAUCGUGACAGUUACACCAACGGCUCAAUGAUACAGUAGCUCCGGGCUGUUAUAACCUUAAAUUGGAAGUACUUCAUGGAAACAAGAGGAAUUCCCAACAUUUUACUCGUCUUUUUUCCAGUUAUCUCGUCUUAAUUGUCAACAUAAGUACAUUUAGAGACUUGAUAGCUUCUCAUUGAACUUGUGCAGCCCAGUGACUAUGGGCUAACUACCACUACUUCAAUGAAUCCUACUGUUUGAAGACUGUUUUAAACGGAAAGUGAAAGACUGAGCUACCUCUGCUUCACUUUACAACAUGUUAUGAAGACAACAAACAAGUUGACUGUUUGCUGACCCAUGGCUGAGGCUGUAAACAUGCUUUUAACUGCAUAAUUCAGUUGUGUGUGAUUCAACGUUCCUCCAUGCCUCUGUUGGCAUCUAAUGGAAGAAAAAGCACCCAUCAAGUCUGCCAUGGUAUCCAGACUGCCUAAGUUCGGUGGACGCUCCUCGACUGGUGGCGCUAGCCCCUUGUCCAAUGGUUCCACACAGCCAACCACCCCCACCCAGGAUGGUAAAACUACUCCCCCAGCAACACGCCCAAAUGGCUUAAUCCGUGCCUCUCCUUUUUCACUGAAAUGGAAAAAAGAUGAAGGGACGACCCCCCCAAGCCCCACCACUCCCACCAGCCCUGGGGAUGGAGUUGAAGACAAGGCUCAGACACAGCUUCCCUCUCUGGCAAAGGAGGUAAAGAAUGGCUCUCCAGCGACGCCCAAGAUGCGGAGGUCAGGUGCUUUGAUGGUGGCAGUGUCCAGUCCCAAGGCAAUCCCCAAGCAAUCUGUGAAGAUGAGUCCCAAAGUGGGAACUAAGCUAACCCAAAGCCCACUGAACGGAGGUCCAAAAAUAGGCCAUAAUGGCUCCAGCAUUCCUGCUCGAACAGGGUCAGAGUCUCGCCUUGUGCGGCCACGGUUAGGCUCCAGCUCGCCCAGAAGCAGCUCUCAAGACAGCCUGUCCCAGUCCAGUGACAGCCUGAAGACCUUGGCUUUGGAUAACAUGGUGCGUUCGAACAGCUUCACUCACUUCAAGCAGAUUCCCUCGCCCACCAGCCAGCCCAUGAUACGAUCCUUCUCCUUUAACCGGGCUGUGGAGCUAGCCAAGCCUCUGGCAAACACUCAGCUCCGGCCUCCUCGGAGUAGUUUCCUCAAACCACCUCAGUUGAGCAAUGGAAGAGUGGGUUUAGGACUCGGAGGCCUUAAUGGCAGCCUUGGAGGUUCAGGAGGUCUCAGUGGAGGACUUCAGUACAGUAAAACUCCUUCAGCUGCAUCCUCUCUGCCCGCCCUCUCAGUCCCUCCAGCACCCUCUACUCCCAGCUCUCUGAGGAAGCCUCUGCUCCCUAGCUGUGUACUGACCAAAUCAUUGGGAAGCAGUGGGGGGACUUUGGGAUACAGACUGGCUCGAUCCGGACAGACCAAGCAGCAGAAGCCUCUUUUUCCAGGUAGGGUCAAGGGGGAUAUCAGACCUUCAACUGCCCCUGAAUGUGCAGGGCUGUUAGGGAUAGCAACAGACAGUGAGCAGACUGCUGAGGUUGACAAAGUAGACUCACACAGUGACAGUGAUGGAAGUUCUGGAGGAGGGAAGGGAGGAGGAGAAAGUGGUGUGCUUAGGAAAAGCUCUGGUCAGACAGCAGGAGAGACUCUAGAGGACAUGUCCCUAUCUUCUGUCUCAUCUCUAGACAGAGGCGACACCAGUGAAGAGUUUCUAGAUGACUUUGACUGUGUGGGAGAUGUGUUCAGUGAUGUGGACCUGCCUGACAAUAGAAAAACUGGCAGUGCUACUCAAACCCGCCUACACAGCUUUCUCAACGAGACCCUCGACUGGGACACUAUGGAUCUGGCAGGGCAUACAGAAGAAAGCCCUAUGCAGGACUCCCAGGGACCACUGGUGGUGUCUUCAGAGCAAGGCGAUGCCCUUCAGGCGUCGUCUGUGGAGAUGUCACCCUCCAACAGCUCUGGUGGAACCUACAUGUGGGAUGAGGAUGGGCUUGAGCCCCUUGGGGGGCCGGGGACACAUCCUUGUGACAGCUAUGAUGAUUCAGAGCUCAACAGCACGGAUAUCCUGAACAACCUGGACCCUCCUGGAACUGGAGAGUUGGACGAUGACGACCUCAUGCUGGAUGUGGACCUCCCAGAGGAUGGCUUACAUGACGCUGACAGAAUGUCCCACUUUGAGCGCUCAGAGAGGGCCGGUCGGCAGGGGCAGCGACGAAGACACCAUCGCUGGAGCGGGCCCGAUCACUUCUACAAUGACAGCAGGGCCCAUGUCGUCCAGCACUAUGAUGGUCUCAAGGCGUCAAGGUUCUCUUCGCGGCCCAUCUCUUCUGAAGGCAGGCAGCAUGGCUACAUGGCGAUGCUGGAUGAACUCACACUCGAACACAUGACUCAGGACUGCGGCUCCCUCAAGAAACAGCUGCUCAGGCUCAAAACAUUACUACAGCUUGAGGAUACAGACUCUCCAGCAGAUGUUCCUGAAGAGAUUGAAGAUAAUACCACUGCAUCACAGUUGGAGGAGCUGAUUAAGGAAGUGCAGGUGCUCAGAGAGGAGCUGAGGAGUCGAGACAAGACCAUAGCUCAGCUCACAUUGCAGUGUCAACAGCUGCAACAACAUCAGCGCGAACAAAUGCCUGCUCAAGGGCGUGCGGUCAGGUGUCAGUGCCACCACCAGAGGGCUCCCUCCUCACUACGACAGAGUGACAGACAGAUGGACAAACGGAUGCAGCAUAACUAUGACAAGGCCACCCAGACGUACUGGAGACCACCGAGCCACGCUCCUCAAAUACUACAGCCUUUCAACCCCUGCCUCAAAGAGCACCUCCACCAGGGAAGACUAGCAAAAACUCCCCCCACCGAGGGCCACAGUGACCUCACAAGUCGGAGUAGGAGUAGAUCAGAGGAAGGAACUUAUACAGACACUGAUCGUGCUCUUGAAGACCUUAUGGCAGAUGUCUCCGGGCCAGCAAACCCCGACAAGCUGAGUCAUCUCCUCAGCACCCACCUGCGCUGCCCGGGCUCCAGGGCUCCACAGGGGGUAACUGCCAGAGACAGUCCAACAUCAGCAGCUCAGUCUGCAUCACAGCAUGACCGGAGAACUCCUGCUGUGACACCGCAGAGCUCUGUCACUCCCAAAUGUGCUGGUUCGACUAGCCCUCGCAUGCUGCAGCCUCCUCGCCUUCACAAGCGCGUGUCUCUCCCUGCACUCAAGCCAGGGGGCACUGGUGGCUUUGCCUCUCUGAAGCUGGGCUGUUCCUUAGGGCCUCUGCCUAACCGGGCCAAGCAGCUGCCCCCUCCAUCUAGAGGCCUUCCCUGCUUUAAUGCUGGACCCCAGGUUCAGUCUCCAAGUCUGUGUCGCACUUCACUGCUUCAGCCUCGCAGAGCAUCAGAGCCUUGCAGGGAUCCACGGUGCUCCGACUCCAGCCUGGAGGAGCCCGACCAGGGGACGCUCAAAGACCCUGGGUCAGCCAAGAUCCUGAUCCCUUUGAGUCGUUCAUGCCUCCCCAAGCCAAAGAUUCCCUGAGGAGCUUAAACCCACCCAUCAGAACUUAAAACUGGAAUCACUCUGACACUGCUAUUCAUCCCCGUCUCUCCCCAGCCAUAAUAACAGUGUGAUUGUUUUACCUUGUGAGUGUCAAAGAAACAUACACUGAGCUCAGCAACCAUUAUGGACCAUUCAGGGACUGCCUGUGUCGUUGACAUUGGUAUUGUGACUGCUGUAUUGUUUCUAAAUUAGUAUCUAACAACUCCAGCCUGACUGACUGAUCGAUACGUAGUAUGUAGCAGGAUCUUAUCUACACAACAAUCCAUAUUGGUAUAUAACAGUUUACAGGUUGAUGGGAAUUUAUGGAAGAAGAAAUGUCCAGUUUACAGGCCGUGCACGUGCACACGAAUGCUGCUGAUGGGGAAAAAAACCGAGUGUUGACAUUCAGAGAAGUUAGCUUUAGUUUUGUUUUGUAAUACCCGCUGGCUGUUCACAAAAUUUAAAGUCCAAGUUCACUUGUCCUCACACAGCUGUGCCCUCUGACACCCAGGUGCAUUUGGUUUUAAACAUGGAGGUGGCAUAAAUGUGACCUUUGCAGUGUAAUAGAAGGCCACAGGGAAGAUGGAGACAAAAACAAGAAAUGGGAAAGAAAGAAAAAAAAAAGAAUAAAAUAACAGCAAAAGUGGAAUAGGGGGCUAGAAUGAAAAACAAAUGCAUCAAAGUGCUCCUGAGAUGUCACUCCCAGAAUGAAAACACACGUCUGUGUAAAUGUGUGUAUGAAGUGAGAGGCCGGAGACAUAGAGGUGAGGUGCGUACAUGUUUCUGUGUCAGUUUGCUCUGCUUGCAUCAUGAAACUGCACGUAUUAGCAAGAAGGGUCUCCGACCUUCUGUGUAAAUGCAACUCAGAUGGGAAUAUAGGCUUAUAAAAAGUAACACCAUGCUGGUGGUGGAGAUGUGAUUAGGAGAAACAGUGUGUAAGUGAGGAAUUCACUUUCAUAAUGUAGUGGAAAAGAGCAGUGUAAUAAAGCACUCACACACUUAAGUGUGCUCAGGUACAAUGUAGGCUCACUCAUACGUUUCCAUGUGUCUGUUAUUUCAGGCCUAUUUUGUCCAUUUGUAGAUAGACGACAGUGAAGAGUACCAGGAAGUAUGAUGCAUUAUGAGAGAGGAGACGGCAUGUAACAAAGUAAAUUUAAAAGUCCAGUGUGAAGGAUUUAGGAGGAUAUAUUGGCAGAAAUGGAAUAUAAUAUAAUAUAAUAAUUAUGUUUUCUUUAGUGUAUAAUCACCUGAAAAUAACAUUUUUUGUGUUUUUGUUACCUAGAAUGAGCCAUUUAUAUCUUCAUAGGUCCUCGUCCGCCAUUUUUCUUCAGUAGCCUAGAAUGGACAAACCAAACAGUAGCUCUGGAUAGGACUAUUUGCAUUUUUGCAUCAGCCACCGUCGCUAGCAGCCCCCCAUGAUGAACAGUGUUGAAAAAACACUGUUUGAAACCAUGUCACUUUAUCAAGUGUUUUAAAUGGUGUAAUUCACUGCCUCGGUUUGUUUUGGAAAAGAAGAGACCCCUGCGUAAAAUUUGUCUCCUUUUAAAAACCUGAACAUCUGGAUUUUAAGUUAUUAGAAAAAAUAGUGAGCACACAUUAGCGAGCCCGGUCUCACUUCGAAGUUGUCGAAAUCUGGCACUUGGGCAGUAACUUGAGUCAGAAACCACCAAAAAAGGCGUCCUUUAACGUCGGCAUGAUAUACGACCGGUUGCCGUUAUAGUUUAACAGCACCUGGCAGCGUCAUGGGUAAACGCAGCGGGACAAGGACGGCAAAAGUCCCGACUUGGGCGGGCGGGAGGGAUGCUGGAUGGGUCCAACAAACACAGACUUUCACCUGAGAGAGCAGUGUUAGUGUCCUGUGAGAUUCUAAAGCCAAACCCUGUUCUUUUUUUCCUAAACCUAACCAUGUGUGUUUGUGUUAAAGGAAAAAUAACGUCAAUUCGCAGUUUUGUACCCACGUAGUGUGUUUAUUUUGAAAGAAGACAAUGCAUGUAACAGGCAAAACUUGGCACGGCGUCCCAGAGCGUCAGCAACCAACCAGGGUACCUUGCACGUUGUAUGUGGACGCGGAAAGUCCAUGACCAAACGUCAAUAUGUGACGAGGUUGGAGUGAGAAUGUGGUGCAUUAGCAGGUGCUGGGCUAACGGCUAGUCUGCUUUAUUCAGUGUUUUUAUCGGUUUAAAUCACCAGAUCUGUUUGUUUUGGAGAGGAGGAGACCUCUGCAGAUAAUUUGGCUCCUGGUAAAAACCUCCUGAACAAUGAAUUGAAGGAACUCUAACUGAGAAAGAUUUCAGCUGGUUGCAAUCUGCAGCCCUCACCUCUAGAUGCCUCUAAAUCUCCCUAAAUCUUUCACACUGUUCCUUUAAUAUCCCACAGUCAUGUAAUCCUUAUUUAUUAGUCAGCCAGUUGUUUUUAGUGCAAAAAUAUGUGUUGCCAAAAUUGUUGAGAUGUUCUUAAAAGGAUAAAAAAGUCUCAUUGAAAAUCAUUAUUAUUUGAUGUCAGAAAAUUUAAGUCAGAUUGCGAGAAAUGGCAUUUAAGAAAAGAGAAUUUGGGAGUCAAUUAAAUAACUCGUUAAGAGGGACAUUUUUGCAAUGCACACUGACUUCUUUGAACUGCCUCCCUCAAUGACCCACACGUGGAAACAUCAGCUAACAGGGACUCAUUAGACGUGUGAAGCUGCUGCCUGGUGUGUGUGUAUAUAUAUGUGUGUGUGUGUGCAUGUUUGAGUGUCUGAGCUGUUGUCGUUUCCCCCCUCAUCUCCUCCUCUUGCUCUCCUGCACAGCUCUUUGGGAACAUCAAAGGUAUUAGCGCGGUAUUUUCAGGUAGGGAGCCUUCGGGGCUUUAGUGGUGUUUCUGAGGGAGUUAUGGAGAAUUGUGUUUAUCUCUCCUUUGCGGAGCCCUUUUGCAGUCAAACGCUCCCGAAAUGUCCCCAAACGGAGAGCAGCAGUGUGUUAAAAAGGCCUUCUGACAGCAACUCUGCUCUCUUCUCUGUCACGCCGCGUGACCACUUGGUGUACGCCUCUGGCACUGUCCGGUCUACUGCGUCCAAUAAUGCACCCUACAUAGACAGAGUGAGACAGAGAGAGAGAGAGAGACGCACACACACACACAGACACACCGCACGCAUACACAUCUGGACACACAAGUUACAUAGAUGCACAUGCACAGGAACUCUGACAGAACUCGAAGAGACACGAAACUCAGAGGGAACACACACACAUGAGAUCAGGCUUCUGAGUAGCCAAACAACUGCACCUACACACACACACACACACACACACACACUUUGAAUUCUGUAGCAAAGUGCUUAAAAGUACAUUUGUGUUGUUUUGGUAGCUUUCACAAAAUGAGCUCUCCAAGUUCACAUUGAUCCAUCUGUCCGCUGUAGCCCCCACUCGCUGGAAAAAAAAUGUCCGCCCUCAGAUUACCUUGGAAAUGGGUGGAAAUGUGGAUCCAUGUGGCUGAUAAAAGGUGUUUACCUGUUGGACAGUUCAACAUUGUGCCAAACCAGCCAAGCAGUCAACACCGCUGUGUGAGGCCAAGAAAAACCCAUUUCUUUUAAUGAAAACAGAGACGGAAAGAUACAGAGGAUGAGAGAGAUGCACAGGCAGAGACAAGAAGACGGGAGCCAGAGCUGGAGGAGAGGGAGCAAAGAAUAAUAGAUGUAGAGAUGAAGUAGUGACGGCACUAUGAUCGGGAUAAGCUGUUUCGGGCAGACUUUUCCGCUCGUGAAUGUUUGUCUAUAUAACGUUGUGAAGGUGUGUGUAAGAGAGGAGAAGGACACAGAAUACAUAGCAAGGUUGUUUGUGUGCACUGUGGUCCAGAGAGUAGCCCAAUCCCCUCAGCUGUGUCGUUCACUGCUUAGUAAUGCCAAACAGGAAAUCAAUGUUGCCCGCUGUAUGUGUUUGUGUGUGUAUAUGUGCGUCUCCAGACACCUCUGGCUGCCAGUGUUUCUCUCUUGGAAGUGUGUGUGUGUGAGAGAGACAGAGAGAGUGAGAGGGAGAUGUAUCUGCCCACAGGCCAAAGGCAAGCCCAUGCCAAGGAAAGCGGGGCAGUGACAUCCUUCUCUCCCUGUGCUCUAUUCCCUAUCUCCAAAUCAAUGUCCCUGCACAGUUUAGCAGUCAAGCCAAUCAGUCUUGCUAGCUAUGCUAUAACAAAACCACAACUGGGCUCUCUGUAGCAGCUCGGAUCAAUUCUAAUGCAGGAUCUUGAUUCACUUUGUUUUUGCGAUAAGACUCACAAAUUAUUAAGCCGCACUGUGCAACAGGAAAAGGAGGCCAGGUCGUUCUAUGUUAUUACUCUGAAUGGAGCAGGACUGCAUUACAGCACACAUUAUCUAUCUGUAAAGAUGUUUUCACGCACUACAAUGAAGAUGCACAGCAACUGAGACACAUUACUUGACUUGUAACUUGGAAAUCUACCAAUAUUUAUAACAUAUAUUAGAGUUACUGCAAAAGAACAAACAAGCAGAGGCAUAUUUGCAGUGUCAGGCUUUUGGUUUUACUUUAAAGCUACUAUGAUCUACAUGUUUAUAUUAACAAUGGAUCACAUGACUGUUUAUAUGCAAAGAAAAUGCUUGUAGUGACAGACCCACAGAUUAUUAUCACCUACUGUACCUCUAAAGUUCAGCGCUACUGAGCACUUUAGCACCUUUUAGCUUGUUUUGGUUUCACUGCCCUCAACUCACUGGUUCACUCACAAUCAUGCCAUUUCCAAACAGAUACAAUAGGAUAGAAAAUAUUUUUAUUUUCCACAAUAGAUGGAAAUUUGACAUUUAAAAGCAGACAAAUAGUCAGUAAAACAAACAUACAAAGUCAUUACAAAAUGCUAAACACAUAAAAUCAGCUAAUUUUCUGUGGUUUAAAACUCAUCAGUCACAUUAUUGGCACUUGGGAUGAAAGACUUCUUAAGUACAUUUUUAGUUGCCAGAGGGACUCUAUAGCGCCUCCAGGAGCUCAAGAGCUCAAACUGCAGCAGGCAGCUGCUCUGAUAAACCCAUGGGCAUGUUACCAAACAGGCCUACCAGGCCAGGGGGCCCCUUAACCAGAGCCUCUGCGUGAAGUCGCUGUCAUUAACUUUGCAUGUCUUGUCGAACGGGUUAGUCAUCAUGUUAAUAACUGAGCCUCAAAGUCCUAAAAAAAAAAAGAAAAACUGAAGGAAUAGCCUAAAUAUUCACUUUGAAGAUGAUUCAGGAAGGAAACCAGCAUGAUACAUUUUAAGAGAGCGUUUCUAUUCCCUCAGUUUAACCACAGAAGUUAUGACACUAUGCAAUUUAGGCCAUUCAGUUCUGUGGGGAGAAACAGCAGCAUGUUGUACCUGCGCUAGGGGGGUAAGGGGGCCCAUGAUGUCAUAAUCCGCCUAUGGAUAAAUCAUCUGUACACUACCUGCUCAGCAUCACACUGCAGAGAGACAAGUGCAGACUCUUGUGAAACAGAGCUGAAAGGAGAAGAAAUACUGGACAGGUUGGGCGCAAACAUGAUUCUUAAUGUUGUAAACGCUGUAAGCUACAUUCAUUUUAUGAACUAAAUAAGGUGAUAAUCUGUUGGGGGUUUACAGCUGCUUCCAAGUGGCCAAAAAUCAGUUAGUGCAGGUUUAAAACCAUAAUGAGGAGCAGAUGUUUUGUAGCCACCACUACCUGCUCCUGAUUCUGGUUUUAAAGUAAAAGUAAAACUUGCAAAUAUGCCUUUGUGUAUUUUUGGAGUAACUCUACUCUUAUACUUGACUUGAGGUUUAGUAUAUAUGUUGUCCAAGCAGUAAGAGACGCGGUACAUAGUGUCCAUAGAUGUACUUUUACAGUUACAGUUGUCAUUUUCAUCAUUGCUGGAUUUCCACUUGUAAGCAGAUAAAGCACAUACUGUAGUGUAGCUGUUAGCAUAUUUUCCUCCCAUAAUGUGUAAGGUCACUGUAUUUAUCACUACAUAAUCUCCAAUAACAGCUGCUUUCAGCUGCCGAGCACUGUCUCCACUAUACUGUGCAAUAUUGUUUGAAGCAAAAACAUGAGGGAACGCUACACUAUGUUUAAAGCGACCUUUUAUGCAAAUGAAAAAAAAAAAAAAAAGCGAAUAAAGCUUUUUUGAAAAUUCUAAUCUGAAGCACUUUAAAUGACAUUAGUUGUUAAUGCUGAAUUAACAUUAAACUGGAUUUAGAAGCUGCUUGCUUUUUACAAAAAAACCUUUUGAUUUCUUUUAUUCUUUCUUCUUUGCCAGUGUGUCUCUGUUUGCAAAGGUAAUCAUAUUUUUCUAGGAAGCCAUGUGAGACAGCAAUAAAGGAGCGAACCAAAUUCUGACAAAGGUGUUUCAGCUUAUCUUCUGUUGGUGGCAAAUGGAGCUUUGUCACCGUUUACCGUCUUUCUUUCUAAUGUUAUUUCCAUCAGAACUGCUUGCAUGUUAGACCAAUAACUCCAGAUGUGUUUACCUUAAAAGCUUAGCUGCAGGUCAGCGGUGAAAUGUUAAACAUCAGAGCAGGAGAUGGUGCUGCGCCAUCAAUGAGAGGCCACAGGUGAAAUCCUUUGUCCUAUGGCGGGUAGUGCUGCUUUGACAGCCAACUCUGUUCAUUGAUUUGGAUCACAGACCCUCGCCAACGCUUACACCUACAAACAUAAAGCCGCUGACCUCAGUUCAAGAUGAAAGAGAAACCUCAUUCUCAGUUUCUUUUCCUUGUUUUCACCGUUGUGUUUCUGUGGAAAUAAAGUAUGAUUGUGAAGCUAA